AUUGAAUAGAAUUGACAAAAUUGUUGAUGCGGCCCGUGCAGACGACACGAACACUAGAUGGGGACCUCGUCCACCCGAUCCACGCGCUGACAAACUCGUAGGUCUGGUUGGGCCACGCAAUCCAGCUGUUGCAUCAAAAGUUUGGCGAGACGGCUACCGAUUCCUAUGAAUCUCUUCAAAAUAAAAGAAGGACAAAUUCACCAAAGUCUCUACACGUCUGGGUAGCCGUCUUUUCGAGUGAGUACGAUUACCAUAAUCGAUUUUACUAACCACCGUAGCAUCCGUUGCGCUUAUUUCGGGCGAGGUAUGUGCAAAUUGUGCUUCUUUUGUCGAACGUGACCGCGUCACCUUUAUUUUGAACGCGUCUAGCGGAGGUUUGACUUCUCGUUAAAGUGAAAGGGCUGAGAGAAAAAGAGUUUAGGAAAAGGAAAAAGUUAGCCAGCAGCGCUCCGAGCGAAGAGCAAACACAAAGAGGACGACGCUCGUCUAUGAGUGAUCAGGCUUCUUCUUCUUCUUCUUCUUCUUUUUUUUUUCCUUUAAACAUUUGAUAUCAUUUGAGUCUGCUUGAUGAGGCUUUCCAUUAAACCCUCUGACUGAAGUUGCUGUCUUUAAACUCGGCGAGAUGAUUUUGUGCGGCACUCGGUUUGUCCUUUUCUUGCCGUUUCUGGUGACAUCAGCUCAGUAUCAAGGAGAGAACGGAAUUGUCAUCCCGGAGCAUGGAUUUUGCCAGCCCAUCUCCAUCCCCCUGUGCACGGACAUCGCCUACAACCAAACCAUCAUGCCCAACUUAGUGGGCCACUACAACCAGGAGGACGCAGGGCUGGAGGUGCACCAGUUCUACCCGCUGGUGAAGGUACAAUGCUCCCCCGAGUUGAAAUUCUUCCUGUGCUCGAUGUACGCUCCGGUUUGCACAGUCCUGGAGAAGGCCAUCCCGCCUUGCAGGUCCAUCUGCGAGAGGGCCAAGCAGGGCUGCGAGGCCCUCAUGAACAAGUUCGGCUUCCAGUGGCCCGACCGGCUGCGCUGCGAGAACUUCCCCGUGCUGGGCGACGGUCAGAUCUGCGUGGGACAGAACGACUCCUCCGCUGCCACCGUGCCUCCGUUGCCCGUCCCGAGCACCCAGGACCUCACGGCGGUCUCCGGCCACGACAGGCCCUUCCGCUGCCCGGCCGCGCUGGCGGUGCCCCCUUACUUGAACUACAUGUUCCUGGAGGAGAAGGACUGCGCCGCUCCGUGCGAGCCGUCCCGGGGGGGCGGGUACAUGUUUUUCACCGAGAAGGAGAUCCACUUCUCGCGCGUCUGGAUUCUGGUCUGGUCGGUCCUGUGCUGCGCGUCCACCUUGUUCACGGUCACCACUUAUUUAGUGGACAUGCAGCGCUUCCGGUACCCCGAGAGGCCCAUCAUCUUCCUGUCGGGCUGCUACACCAUGGUCUCCAUCGCCUACAUCGCCGGCUUCUUCCUGGGCGACAAAGUGGUGUGCAACGAGAGUUUCAACCCGGAUGGCUACAAGACCGUGGUCCAGGGCACCAAGAAGGAAGGCUGCACCAUCCUCUUCAUGAUGCUGUACUUCUUCAGCAUGGCCAGCUCCAUCUGGUGGGUCAUCCUGUCGCUCACCUGGUUCCUGGCGGCGGGGAUGAAGUGGGGCCACGAGGCCAUCGAGGCCCACUCGCAGUACUUCCACCUGGCGGCCUGGGCGGUGCCGGCCGUCAAAACCAUCAGCAUCCUGGCCAUCGGGCAGAUCGAGGGCGACGUGCUGAGCGGCGUGUGCUUCGUCAGCCUCAGCAACCUCGACCCCCUGCGAGGGUUCGUCCUGGCGCCGCUCUUCAUCUACCUCUUCAUCGGGACCUCCUUCCUGCUGGCCGGGUUCGUGUCGCUCUUCCGCAUCCGCACCAUCAUGAAGCACGACGGCACCAAGACGGAGAAGCUGGAGCGCCUCAUGGUGCGCAUCGGCGUCUUCAGCGUGCUGUACACCGUGCCCGCCACCAUCGUGAUCGCCUGCUUCUUCUACGAGCAGGCCUUCCGCCCGCACUGGGAGCGCAGCUGGGUCGGGCACAGCUGCAGGAGCCUGGCCGUCCCGUGCCCGGCGCAGGCGGCGCCCCGCAUGACGCCGGACUUCACCGUCUACAUGAUCAAGUACCUGAUGACGCUCAUCGUGGGCAUCACCUCCGGUUUCUGGAUCUGGUCCGGGAAAACGCUGCAUUCCUGGCACAAGUUCUACACCAGGCUGACAAACGGCAAACACGGGGAGACCACCGUGUAGGAUGAAGGGCCCGUCGCCAGGGCUGGUGGGCGGGAGGGGCGCGUUCUUCGGUAUUCCCAGCCGCCGAGCUCCAAAGCGUUUGCGUUCCGGUGACGAACCGCGUGCCGGAUUAAUGAGGCCCGAACGGGACGGCCUGGCUCAAGGAACGCACAACAAACAUGGCCGACACCGGCGUGUGCAAAAAAAAAAAAAAAAAAAAAAACGCUCAGCUCCUCUUCUUCGGCUCCACGAACCAGCAGCGCAGAGGACUUCGCGUGUAAUUAAAUCACAAGUGUAAAUAGUAUUUGUAAAAACAUGAAAUGAUAUAUUUGUAUUUAAAAAAAAAAAAACUAAAAAGUAUACGUCUUAACUGUCAAGUUGUCACUUUUGGACUGCAACAAAGGCAAAUAUCUCACCCCCCCCCCCACACACACACACUUUCUUUUUUAAUAACUUUUGUAAUAAUUUGAUUUUUAUGUAAAAAAAAAAAUGUCAAAGAAUUUCAAGUUCAAUCAGCAAAAUGUACAAAUAGCCCAAUUAACAUUAUUACUGUAUGUAGUCACUUUAUAUGAAAGCUACUAUAUCCUCUUGUGCGAUUAUGCAACUAACAUAAACGAUCAUGUUACUGUGUAUUUUAAAAAAAAACCUAAAAAAUCGGUCAGAACGUUUGCAGAUAUGAAUUGCCCACGACUACGAUGUCAUGCAUUCAUUCAGACUUCCCCUUUUGCUAUUUUCAUUUCUCUCGACGUCCCCCGGGAGAUGCGCUUGUUCUUUUCCAAAAGAGAACAUCACCGCCAAUUAAAGAUAAAAUCUCGCCUUUCGAAUGCGGGCGGGCGGGAAGCGUCACUCAGCGGCGCAAUGGCGGGCGGACAUCGAACGUGGCACGACUUGCCUCUGCGGGCUAGUAAAAUAGAGUUAUGCCUCGUGGCUGUACAUAAUAAUAACAUCAGUGUGCACGCCACCACCUCACGAUUAGACAACAAAAAAAUCUGAGAAUGUGAUGUCAUAACGUUUUGAGAAUUGCGCGGCGUCUUAAUUAUCUGCCGCUGUUGUAUUGGCAACCAAACUGGAAGGAAUGCUUGACAUCGACGAGGGCAGUCGUAUAAAUUUUGGGCUCCUAUCGUGUAUACGUUGUAUAAAAUGUCAAUAUUUCAGCUGUUGAAUAUAAGAAGAACCAAAGUUGCUAUGCAAAUUUAAGAGGCUUUUGUACAAAAAAAUUAAUGCAUUGUGACUGGAAAAUAAUAAUAAUGUACGGAAGUGUGUUACUGCUACACCCACAUUUUUUUUUAAAAAAGGUCAUGUUUCACAUUAUAAUGUGAAUAGUUUCACGUUAUAACGUAGAUUCGUUUCACAGAAUAACGUAGAAAAUAAAUCAAUUUUACCCAUUACACAUUAUAAUGUAAAUCGUUUUCACAUUAUAACGUAGAUUCGUUUCACAUAACGUAGAUUUGUGUCACAUAACGUAGAAAAGAAUAAAUUAAUAAAUUUCACCCCUUUACCCAUUACACAUUAUAAUAUCAAUCGCAACCACAUUAUAACGUGUAAUUAACCACAUUAUAAUGUGAAACGCGAGGUUUUUUUUGGGGGUGUAGCAGCAAUACACUUCCAUAAUAAUGCGCUAACAGCUAAUGUAACAUUUCCAUUGCAUCAUGUAUGUUGAGUAUUCGUCGUACUUUUUUUACACUUGUGUUUUUGUACAGUUUCCUACUCAGCUCUCUGAGGUCAUGUUGAACCACAAUAUGUCGAGUGCAAAUGUGAAGAUGGUCGCACGUUGGCCUCAUAGUUCUGAGGACCCGGGUUCAAUCCCCGCCCUCCCUGUGUGGAGUUAGCAUGUUCUCCCCGUGCCUGUGUGGGUUUUCUCCGGGCACUCCGGUUUCCUCCCACAUCCCAAAAACGUGCAACAUGAAUUGGACACUCUAAAUUGCCCCUAGGUGCGAUUGUGAGUGUGGCUGUUUGUCUCUAUGUGCCCAGUGAUUGGCUGGCGACCAGUUCAGUUCAGUGUAGGCCGCCUCCUUCCCGUUGACAGUUGGGAUAGGCGCCAGUGCUCCCCGCGACCCUCGUGAGGAUAAGUGGCAAAAAAAAUGGAUGGAUGGAUAGUCAAACUGUACAAAAUUUAUGUAGCGUAUGAUCGUCCAAAUGUUCUCUUGGAUAACGAGCCCGAAAGGCGGCCAUCUUGUUUUUGCAGAAUGGGGUUGCGUCUCCGAAUACAGACGGGACCUCCAAAGUCCACUGGGGAAUAUUACCACAAUGAAGAGAAGUUAAGUACUGUAUAAUAAAGUAAAACUACUCCAA